CUGCUCCCCAAUCCUCGUGGCUCGUGGAGAGCACAAGUUGUCGUUGCAGGUUUGCUCCCUACCUCCUUCUCUCUCCUCUCUCUCUCUCUCUCUCUCUACAGUUUCGCGGCGAAAUCAAGUCCCCCGGCGAGCUAGGUUUCAACCGGCGAAGCAGCCAGAAGAAGAAGAAGAAGCCGAAGAAGAAGAAGGGCGGAGAUGGAUCAGUGGAGGACGGAUUUGGGAGCGUCGACUUCCGUCCACCCCCAGCAGCACCAGCACCACCCGUCCAGCAGGCUGCACGCCUCGCACGACGAGCCCAGGGGAUGGGUGCUCUUUAGGACGCGGAUGAAACGCUGCGUGAUAGGCCGUGAAUUUCUUCCACCGAAGGCUUUGAGGGUGAUGCCUAAGAGUAUGUUUUUCGUGGUCUUCUGGUUGUCGGUUUCCGUCGCUCGCAGGCAAAGGGAGGAAGCGGACGUCAGGGAUCCCGUGGCCGCGAGGAAAGUCCAGAAGGCCGACCGCGAAAAGCUGAGGAGGGAUCGUCUGAACGAGCACUUCCUUGAACUGGGGAGCACGCUAGAUCCUGAUAGACCUAAGAAUGACAAGGCAACCAUUCUCACGGACACAAUCCAGGUGCUGAAGGAUUUAACCACGGAAGUUAACAAAUUGAAAGCUGAAUGUGCAGCUCUUACUGAAGAAUCUCGUGAGCUGAUGCAGGAGAAGAAUGAACUCAGAGAAGAGAAAUCAUCUUUAAAAUCUGAAGUUGAAAAUCUUAAUGUCCAGUACCAGCAAAGGAUGAGGGUUAUGUACCCUUGGGCUGCCAUGGAUCCAUCCAUCAUGGGUCCAGCCUACUCAUAUCCAGUUCCAAUACCCGUCACUCCAGGUCCAAUGCCCAUGCACUCACAACUUCAGCCUUUCCCUUUCUUUGGAAAUCAGAAUGCAAGUGCUAUUCCCGCUCCGUGUUCUACCUUUAUCCCAUAUUCAAUGCCUGCCAAUCCCACAGUUGAACAGCAGUCAUCCCAAUAUGCUUCCAGUUCUCACGUGUCAAAUAAAAAAGACUCCAAAAGCAGGUCUUCAGAUCAUCAAAGCGGCAGCAAUGCAGAGCAAGAUGAAGAGUCAAAUGACGUGGCAACAGACCUUGAACUUAAGAUGCCUGGAACAUCAUCACAGCAGGACUCUGGAGAAAAGAAGGGCAAGCAGACCCAGAGAAAGGAGAUAAGUAUUACUGAUGGGAGCUCAUCGAGCAAGUUUUCCUCAUCUCAGGCUUUUCCAGAUAGUUCCUCCAAUAGUGUUAGUGACAACCCAAAGUCCAGUAGAUGAAGAGUUAAGUCCUUAUUCUCCGUUAAACCAACACUAACGCUAACUUAUGUAGCUUGUAUCUUAUCAUUGGUGUCAUGGUCAUAGUUUUUUCUGGCUCGAGAAAAUUUGAUGUGCAGGUAGCCAUGAUCCUUAAGAAAUAAAGGGACACAGAGCUUGCUGACUACAUUCUCUUUUCCUUCAAAGAAAAAAGUUUGGUUCUUAAGGACCUGGAAGAUUGCUGGUUUAACCUAUUUUAAAAUGCCACAAUUUUCUUUUCCUGUUACAGGCCUAACUCAUCUCCUAGUCCUUUCGUAGUUUGUACUCUGGUUAACCGAGGCUGGUCAGGUGUAUAUUAUGUUGCAUUUGCUUAACUUACGGGGAAUUUUGUAGUCUAUUCAGAUUUCAGAUAUGCCUGAAACUUAAACAAGGAUGGCACAUUCAUUACA